CUAUAUAUCUCAUUUCACUCAAUUAAACCAAAAAUGUGUACCUCUAUUCAAACACAAAGAAUUCAUCAAAGCAACAACACUAGUACUACUACUACCACCAUAAACCACCAUUCAACACCACAAUGGCUUCCACACCACAUUCACCACCACCACACACACACAUUAGCACACAACCAAUGUUCCUCGACGAUCAUACAAUCGAUAUCCGCCCCGUUAGACACCGUUUGGUCCAUUAUUCGCCGUUUUGACAACCCACAAAUUUACAAACAUUUUCUCAAGAGUUGUGAGGUUGUCAUAGGUGAUGGUAACAACGUUGGAUCCGUGAGGGAGGUCCAUGUGGUAUCCGGGUUGCCAGCUGGGUCUAGUUUGGAGAGGCUUGAGAUACUUGAUGAUGAACGACAUGUCAUGAGUUUUAGUGUUGUUGGUGGUGACCAUAGGCUUAAAAAUUAUCGGUCCGUUACAACGUUACAUUCUUCGCCUGCAAACGGUGGCUCGACCAUCGUUGUUGAGUCGUAUGUUGUGGAUGUGCCGCCGGAGAAUACUAAGGAAGAAACGUGUGUGUUUGUUGAGACUAUUGUAAGAUGUAACUUGUUGUCAUUGAGUCAAAUUGCUCAAAAUGUAGCACAUAAAUAAGUAUACCAAAUUUAGUCUCUAUUAAUUAGUUGGUUAAUUAAUUUUAAUUUUUCUUUUACAAAUUAGUUGGUUUUACA